UUGUCAAGUAAUAUGCACACCGUGGCCUCUCACCUGCAACGUUUCAGUUGGAGAGGUCAGCAGGCGAACUUUGCAAUGAAGCUCUUCAACAAGAAAAGGAUUUCUGGAAAGUUCUUCAAAGGCCGAAGCCUUCUGAGCAUCCUGACCCUCUUCUUUGUGUUUUUAUUUUUUUUACUUGUCCUAUGGAAAACAGAUUCUGAUCCUAUGAUACCGCAGCAAUUUACAGCUGACCUGCCCGCCUGCUCUGCUAUCAUCACGGGAGACCUGGCAGGCCGUGAAGCUGACUUGCAAGCCCUUCUAUCAUCGAAGACAAGGCAAGUUGUGCUCACCGAGGACUUCUACCUUAACGCGACCCAAGACUGUCGCACUUAUAUUAGACAGAGAGGCUUUUUUAUGGAUCCUCUGAGUGAAGAAGAGAGGGAUUUUCCCAUCGCAUACUCCAUGGUGAUCCACGAACAGAUCGAAAUGUUCGAGCGACUGUUGCGUGCCAUUUACACCCCUCAGAACAUCUACUGCGUGCACGUGGACCGAAAAUCUACAGCGAAAUUCCAUGAGGCCGUGAAAGCCAUUGUAUCCUGCUUUGAGAAUGUAUUCAUAGCUGGGAAAUUAGAAAAUGUGAUUUAUACCUCAUGGGCGCGAGUGCAGGCUGAUUUGAACUGCAUGGAGAGUUUGUUGGCGUCUCAUGUCCGGUGGAGGUACCUGCUGAACACAUGCGGGACAGACUUUCCGAUUAAGACCAACAGAGAGAUGGUGCAAGCUUUGAAAGUCCUCAAUGGGAAGAACAGCAUGGAAACGGAAGCCACCAAUGAUUACAAGACGCAACGUUGGCAAUAUCACUACAACGUCACAGACUCAGUUGUCAGGACCGACGUGAGGAAAAGCCCACCUCCCAUUAGAAGCCCCAUGUUCAUGGGGAAUGCCUACUUUGUAGCCAGCAGGGCCUUCGUGGAGCACGUGAUGCGGGACCGAGAGGUUCAGGUGUUGCUGGAGUGGGAGAAGGACACCUACAGCCCGGACGAGCACUUGUGGGCCACUUUACAGCGGAUGCCCUCCGUGCCCGGAUCAGUGCCUGCAAACGUCAAGUUCGACACGUCGGACAUGCAAGCCAUCGCCCGCGCGGUCAAAUGGAGCUAUUUAUCAGGGGAUGUGAGGAAAGGGGCUCCGUAUGAGAUGUGCAGAGGGGCAAAUAGAAGAGCAGUUUGUGUGUAUGGAACCGGAGACCUUCCGUGGCUCUUGAGACAGCACCACCUCCUGGCUAAUAAGUUUGAUCCAAUGGUGGAUGACAUUGCUAUCAGGUGCUUGGAGUCUAUUCUCUAUUUUAAAGCUUUAGACAGAGGUUAUACAGCAUAGCGCAGUGUGUCCUCACAAAAUUUGACAUCCUCUGAAAUAUACACUGAACUCCCUCCAUUGCUGGUUCCGGGUUUGCGGUCCUGAUAUUUCAUGGACGGUUAGUCUGUAAUCAUUUUGUUCUGCCUCCUAUUUUAUGUUAAAUUACAUCGUUGGCCACUAGAUGACACCAAGUUAUUGUUUGACAGUGUAACAUCGAAAGACGAGUGAAAAAGGGAAACCUUUCAAAGUGAGCCGAGAUUUUGUUAAAGAUGAGUGAACGUGAAAUCCUCAUGUAGCCUGCUUUUUACGCCUACAGAAAGCAAUGGCUCUUGGUACAUUUUGUAAUGUACAUUUUUUUGGGCAUUAUUAUUGAUGUACAGUAUAUUAUGAGUCGUGACGUUACGUUUGUUGAUUUGGAAUCAACGUGACUUGGUAAGUGUGAACACAGAGAGAUUGUUACACCGUUACACUGUAACAUAUUUUGUGUUCGCGAUUUCUCUUGCUCUCUCGCAAUAUAUUAUUGUGUACAAAUAAGACUUAAAGGAGAAGUUAAGUCGAAAAUGUUGUAUGGGCUGCUACUAGUCUAAACACGGUUUUCCGAUUAAUAUUGCAAUUGUGUGAUAUGAAUUAGGCAAAAAAAAAAAAACACUUUUUUUUUUUUAAUCAGUCUCAGCGGGCAGCCAAUUUGACUUGCACUGCCAUUUGACGUUGACUGAAAAUGACAUUAUUGUGCCAGAGGGCUUAUGCUGUGUUCCAGGAAAGUGGGAAGUCGAGUUUUCCAACCUUCGACCGGAAAGGUACACUGCAACGCCACUUUGAACUGGGAGGUCCAAGUAACCGGCUUCAAUCUUACGUCAGUCGACAAUGGCAACGCAUUUGGAGACACGGACCAUGGACUGUAAAACAUGACUUACAAUAUUAUACAGUAAUCAUAUAUUUAUGUUAUUUUAUUUAUUAUUCAUUUAGUUGUUUAACCUAACUUCACGUAACACGUGGCUUGCACUGACUGUAUUGAGAUACUAAAGACAUUCCUUCAUUUUUUUUUUUGUCAAUAAAGGAAAUUAUAAAGGAAGGUUUGCCGGAGGUCAAAUGCGCAGUGAUGAACCAAAACAAAAACAUAAGACAUCCAUGUUGUUUACGUUCUCCUGGAACGCUUUUAAGCGUUUGAAGUGGGAUAUUUCCGAUUUCCCACCUUGCGGGGAAGCUACAUUAGCUUGCGAACGUCACAUGACAACACGCAGAAAACAGGUGAGCCGUGACAGUCGUUGACUUCAUUCAAUAUCCAUCACCUCUUAACUCCAAACCCCUCCUCUACAAUAUAGCAAUUCACAAUAAAUAUUUAUCAAUUUAAAAAAAAUUGAAACAAAAUCCAUUGUACUCACCAGAGAUGCUGAUGCAGACGCAGACUUUUCUUUGUGCAUUUUCCUGUCUGGUAGCUUUGGCGCUCAUACUUGCUGUUCUGAAAGCUAUGUAUAAUCACCACAUGGAGGCUCUCGUUUUUUUGUCUCUGACCAUUCAGUUUAAUGGAUUAAAUAUGCUUGCAGUGCAUCUCGUUAAUCAGAUUACACAAUCAGUGGCUCAUUUUUU